CUUCUUUUCAUUCCUUGAACCCUCACCAGAUCUGUUCACAUUCUCUUCCCAUCUUCACCCACCACCACCACCACCUUCACUUGCUUCUUGGCAGAUUCGACAACUCCUCAUUUCGGCUCUAUUUCAUCGUCUUCUGUCUUUCCGCCAGCUUAUUCUAAUUACCAUCUUCAUUCUGGAUUCGCUUCUUUAUUGACAAUCCGGAUCUCAACACGGCUCGACACGCCUUCAAUCUUUGAAUUACGCCUUCAGCUCAAAAGCACAGUCUUCAUCUUUUAAAUACCAUGCCUUCGGUCUAAAUAGCGUGGGAUUUGCUAUCUUGAAUAUAUUGUUUUGCGCCUUUCCCAAGCGACACGCCCUCUACACAUACGCACUUCCCACUCCAAAGACUCCAAAGACACCAUCACUCUUCACGGCUCAUCUCAACGACGCCAAAUCUAUUCUGCUCUUCCAAAGAGACCACGCCUCCAUCCCAAAGACAUCACUUUUCUUAUCAUAUUGAUACCCGCGAACACACUCGACCUCACUCGACAGUUCCUGUUCAUUUUCUACCUGGACCUGGUAGAGUCCAUCGUCGAGCAUUGUCCCGUUCCCUCUCCAAUACUACCAACCUGGAACUCGGUGCACCAAUCUCAGCAGCUCACAAUGACUUCACCCAAGAUCAACAUGUGGCUUGAAAGAGCCCGAGGUGAAUUGACAAGGAGCGAACUUGUCGAACUUCUUACGGCUAUCGGAAAGCAUCUUGCCGAUCAUGGAGAGCAACCGGGAAUCCAUACACUGUUGGAGGGCGCCUCACGUCCUUCUUCAAGCGUUUCCCCAGCUACGGCCAGCUCUGAUCAGAGAACAUCACCUUACCCUAAGAGGCCUCUGCCAUUGCCCAUCUCUCAUCACCAACGAGGAAAGCCACGUCGCGUUAGCUACAAACGGUCCUCGCGCUCCCCUGCCUCAGCCCGGACAGACAAGGACACCGACCUUGCCUCCCUUCUUUGUAUGCUGUGUUUGGAAAUCGGGAAAACUACCCCCUUCAAGUAUAAAGCCGAUCUUGUCACACAUUUGCUCAAUUUUCACCUCAAGAACCACUGUCAGUGGGAGUGCCCCCAGAGCGGCUGCGGCAAGCCGUUUGACUCCACUCAUGGAAUGAAAGAACAUCUGAAGGAGGCUGGCCAUGAAACGAUUCACUGUGGGAAACUGGAAGACUUACUGGAAGACUGCAAAACUGCAUUAUGCCCACAGGUCGUCUUUGCAUGUGGUGCAAAGGUUUGCAGGGAGGUCUUUAUAGUAUCCGACCCCUCCGAACCUGCAAGAAUUGCUGCAACCGCUAAAGACUACUGCAAGCACAUCGCCAACCACAUCGUCGUAGGUCACGAGUGGUCUUUUUCAAAUCGUUUCCGGAAUCUGAUGCGCCAAGAUGGUGUGUACGAGGCCUUCACGGCUCGGGGCAACAACGUGGAACACUUCAAUUGGCAGCCGCAUACCUCAUUCGUGUUGAGGAAGGUGUUGGAGACUCGCCAUUUCAAUGCUCAGGAUAUUGAACUGUUGGUCCUCUGGGCUGAAAAGCUCGGCUUCGGAUCCUACUCCCUACCCACCUCGCCGAUACCGACAGAGCCACUCUUGGGCAUCUCACUUCCUAAAGAAAGUGAGAGCUGUGCCUGGUGCAACAGAAGUCCCACUGCUUUAUUGCCCCCUCCCCCCCACAACGGGAUUCCUUUUCACGGCUUCAGUUACUCGCAGGCCUCUGAGACCCCGACUGGAGUGGCUUCACUACCGGCAUCCAGUCAUGUUGAGUUUGUGGCUGCUCAAAAUGAGAUGGGCCGAUCGCUUACAGGCAUCAAGGGCAAUCUAGAAGGCUAUCCUCUGGGCGUUAGUGCCAGCUUUAUUUCUGGCCAGACCGCGGUUCCCGCUGGACAUGGUCAACUGUACAUCAACUAUCCCUCAACCUCCCAGCAGCCUUCUACAACUCGGCCGGCUUCUUUGAUGGGCGACAUGCAUGCGCCUCAUGAGCCACUAUCUGGGAUCAACGACCAUCUCAAUGGCCUUCCCCUGGCCGGCACGGGCAGCUUAUUUUCUGCCGGUCAAACUGCUGUUGCGUUUGGAAUGCACACCAACGAUCCCUCGGCCUCCCAGCAGGCUUACACACCUCGGCCGGAUCUAGUGGUGGAUGAAUAUGAUGCACCCCAUGAAGUGGAUCAAGAGGACACUCCAGUUUGGACAAGGAACACCUACGACCGCUGA